AAAUUAAACAUACAAGUUUUGAAUUCCUUCUGAUACAAAAACCGACGAUAAAGAAAGAUUUCUCUCUCUCAGACCGGGAGUAACUCUUGAUGGCUUGGAGAUCCUCAGGCAGAAAGCUGUCCUUCGAGAUUCUAAACCAUAGCAGUUCCCAUGAAGAAAAAGAAGACCAAUAUCCCGUCAAUUACCAAUCAGAUCCAGUGGAGAAACCCUACCGAAAAAAGAAGAAACACAAGCGCAAGCACAAGCCUCUCCAUCCCGCAAUCCACGAAGAUUCAAUCACCCAUUCCUACCCAGUUGUCCAAAAUUCGCAUCACACAGACAACGGAAACAUCCAAAACAGUUAUAUAGUAGGCGGCGACGGGAGCGUAGUUUGCAGUACGGUGAGUGAAGUAGGGGCGGAGAUUCAGCGCGUGUACGGGAACGGGGAGUUGAGGCAGAGGAAUGUCAAUUUUUCCGGUGUAGUGGAGACUGCGAUGGAGGAAAAUGCGUUGGAGGAGAGUGCAGUGGAGGAGAAGCAGCGGAGAAGUGAACCCCCGAAUGGAAGUGUUGUUACGAAGUUGGAGACGGCGGAAUCAUUGGAUUGGAAUAAACUAAUGGCCGACGAUCCUAAUUAUCUCUUUUCGAUGGAGAAGUCACCGGUGAAGUACUUUAUGGACGAAAUGAAUAAAGGAAUUUCGUUGAGGAGCACAACUACUCCUGGGAGUGAGAAAGAAAGGGAGAGAGUAUAUGAUACCAUUUUUCGCUUGCCAUGGAGAUGUGAACUGCUUAUCGAUGUCGGCUUCUUUGUAUGCCUGGAUUCGUUUCUAUCACUGUUAACUAUUAUGCCAACUAAGAUUCUGAUGAUCCUCUGGAGGUUUCGGAGUGCCAGGCAGUUCAAGAAGCCUUCUGCAGCAGAGCUUUCUGAUAUUGGUUGCUUUAUUGUAUUGGCUUCUGGUGUUGUACUUUUGGGACAAAUAGAUAUCAGCUUAAUAUAUCACAUGAUUCGUGGCCAAGGAACAAUCAAACUCUAUGUGGUUUACAAUGUUUUGGAGAUAUUCGAUAAACUGUGUCAGAGCUUUGGUGGAGAUGUACUGCAGGCUCUAUUCAAUUCUUCAGAAGGGCUUGCAAAUUGUUCAUCAGAAAAUAUGAGAUUCUGGAUUUUGCGAUUUAUCUCUGAUCAAGCUUUAGCUAUGGCUUUUUCAAUUCUUCAUUCUUUCAUUUUAUUGGCUCAGGCAAUUACUCUAUCAACUUGUAUCGUUGCUCACAAUAAUGCUUUGCUGGCUUUGCUGGUAUCCAAUAACUUUGCUGAGAUAAAAAGCAAUGUCUUCAAACGUUUCAGCAAAGAUAACAUUCACAGUUUGGUGUACUCUGAUUCCAUAGAGAGAUUCCACAUUUCAGCAUUCUUAUCAGCUGUUUUAGCUCAAAAUAUACUGGAGGCUGAGGGUCCUUGGUUUGAGAGUUUUCUUCUUAAUGCGCUCAUGGUUUUUUUCUGUGAAAUGUUAAUUGAUAUCAUAAAGCAUUCAUUCCUUGCCAAAUUCAAUGACAUGAAGCCUAUCGUAUACUCUGAAUUUCUUGAAGAGCUUUGCAACCAGGUGAAGGAAAUGCCAAAUACCAUUUCACUAGUUUUGGUCAUUAUCGGUCCCAUGACUCGUGACUAGGUAGUCUACAUUACAGUCAAGAUUAUUGAAAUGUAUGUGAAGGGUCCAUGCUCUGUGAGUUUAUAAACUAUCCUGUAAACUAUCUAAAGGGAAAACAGGCAAAAAUUCUUAAGCACCAUGAUCACCAUGCGUUUUCCUUUAGCUGUCCAUCUCCCCCUUGCUUUCUUUGCCACACCUGGUCUUACUAAAUUUCCUGUGAUAUUCAUAAUUUUACUUUGGAACGUGGAUUUUAGUAUUUAAAACUUAAAUUUGGGGUGUGGGUUCUGAGAAAAUCCAAAUGGAUAGUCAUGGAGAGGAAUGAAGUUGGAGAUCUUGAUGGAUAAUGCUGUUGGAUUUCCUCAAGGAGAUAUGGAUCCAGCUGUGAAUGUUUGGUAACGUUCAUCAUCAUAACCCCUAAAUCUGGAGGAAACAUUAUUCAGGAAUUUCCUGAAUUGUUUGAAGAAUGAUUUGUUUUGUAGUCCUUGAGAUUCUGGCAGGGUUAAACUUUAGUCCUUGCACUCAAAUCAAAACCCGAUAGAUGUGCUGGAGCGGGAAAUAAAAUACAUAAGCACUAAAGUCUUAGUUCAUUAUAAAACGUCAAUUAGUUUUGGUUUGGUUUAAGAAGCACUUAAAGUUCUUGCACUUUGAACUUUAGGGCGUUAAAAUCUGUUCUCUCAUUAUUCUUGGAGUUCUGUUCGUGUUGUAAACUUGAACUUGGUGAUUUAUUAGUUUCUUUU